AUGUCAAAGACGAUGGCAGUUCCAAUGAAAAAUGAAGGAAAUCAAAUCGGCAUUAAGCCAUUAGAAAUAGCAGCUAAAGUAUCGACUGAUGUUGUAGAAGCACCAACAAGUUAUGUACCUUUCGCUCCAUUAAUAGAUAUAUUUUUAAACUUAGGGCAAGAUAUUGUAACGUUAGACCAAAAGGCAGAACAUAAUAAACGUUUAGGUAGAUAUUUAACAGAGCGGCUAAAAUUCAUUACAGAUGUUUCUCAACUGGUUUCAUUUGGUAAAUUCCUUCAUGCUGGCAAUAUUGUAAAAAAGUAUAGCGAUUUGUCAAAUACGUUUGAUGGAUACAUAGAGUCUUUAUAUCAAGCGAUGAACAAAACUCUUGUGAAAAAUUCAGAUUUUAAAAAAGCGUAUGAGAUCAAAGUUAUUAGGGCAGAUUUGGUAGAAAUGAAAAAGUUCAUGUUUGCUAUGUCCGACGGUAAAACAGGAUCGGACGAAAAUACCUUUACAGAUAUUAAAAGGAUUAGAGAAUUAAGCUUAGACGAUUACGAACCUAAACAUGAGUCUGAAUCCUGUGGCAAAAAAAUUCAUUGUAGAUGGAAUAAUGCGACACUUUUAGAAUAUGCGUUUAAAGAAAUUCAUGGGAUUGAUGAUGAACAAACUGAAAAGGAAAUUUCAAAAUCUAAUGAUGGAUUAGAAUAUUAUUUAGUGACAGAGUGGAUGGAAAAUGGUAAUUUGCAGGAAUAUUAUGGAAAGCAUACAUUGGAUUGGAAUAAAAAAUUUGAAUUUGCCAUUGAUAUUUGCCGAGGAAUUGCUUUCUUGAAUUCUAUAGAGGUACGUGAAUAUUCAUUCAAUUUAACAGAUAAUACUACAUUAAAUAGUGCAAGCGUAUUAAUUAAUAGCAAUCACAAGGCUAAAAUUGCUAAUUUUGGUUUAAGAGAUAUUACUAGAGAUAUCCAAAUUAGUCUUGAGAACAUAGGAUAUAUAGCACCCGAGAAGCUAGAACAUGGAGCCCUUCUAUGGGAAAUUGCUGAAGAAGAGAUACCUUAUAUUAGACAAGGAAUAGAUUUACAGACUAUUCAAGACCGUGUUGUCAAAGAGAAAUAUCGUGAACCAUUUUCUUCAGAUGCACCCAAAGUUUGGCAGGACAAUGCAUAUACAGCAAUGCAUCAUGAUCCAAAUUUUCGUCCACGAGUUUCUAAAAUACUUACAACCCUUUAUGACUAUCAUCAUAAAGAUGAAAAAAAGACUUCACCUAUGAAUGAAUUUGAAGAUGAUUUUAUAAUUGAUGAUAGUGAUGAUAGUUUCAUGACUGUAGAUGCAGCAGUUGAAGAACACCAAAAACCGGACGGAGAUAGGCAAAAAGCAUGGGAAUGCUUCAACCAAUUCGCUGAACAAGGUGGUAUAACUGCGAAAUACUGGGUUGCUUACUAUCUAUAUCAUUGCAUCCUUCCUGAGCAUAAAGACAAUCGUCAAGAAAAUCUUCAGCGUGCGGUAAACUUGUUUAAAGAAACAGCUGAUUGUGGUAAAGUCGAGGCACAACUCCGAUACGGGUUCUGUUUAUGGCAAGGCUAUG